AUGGAUAGAAACAUUCUUGAUGCUGCUAGUGGUGGAGCACUUGUCGAUAAAACUCCAGUUGCUGCUAAAGCCCUGAUUGAGAACAUGUCACUCAACUCCCAACAAUUCACAACCAGAAGUAAUUCUAUGGUCCAAACAAAAUGUGUGAAUGACAUUCAGGUUUCGUCUUCCAAUAAGGCUUUAGAAACCAAAAUUGAAGAGCUUACUUCUUUAGUGAAACAAAUGGCAGUGAGUAAACCUCAAACAACAAAGUUGUGUGGUAUUUGUACUUCUACUGAACAUCCAACUGACACAUGUCCUAUUCUUCAAGAUGAUUCGGUCACUCAGUUGCCUCAAGCAUAUGCAGCUAACUUUUUCAACCAAAGCAACAAUCAAAGAGGGUACAGCAUUCCUGACUUGUCCACCAACAAAUAUCAUCCCAAUUGGAGGAACCAUCCAAACCUUCGAUAUGGAAACCAACAACUCAUCCAACAACAAUUAGUCAUACCCCUUCCACAACCACAGACCACUCCCCAAGUCUCCACCUCUGCACCUUCCAGAUCUUCAUUGGAGGAUCUUGUCAAACAAAUGGCUGUUAACAAUCUCCAGUAUUCAGGCUUUGCAGACACAGAUUGGACAGCUUGCCAUUUUGAUGAAUGCCAUGCAGCAAGCCCAAGGAUCAAACCAACUUCCUGCCCAAACAAAACUGAACCCUCUGUUGUAGUUGAAACUGAAAAAGAAAAAGAGAAGGAGUAUAUGCCACCAGUUCCCUUCCCACAUAGAAUACUGAAAAACAAAAGGACUGGUGAUGGAGACAAGGAGAGAGAGAUUUUAGAUGUGUUCAGAAAAGUAGCGGUAAACAUUCCGCUUCUUGAUGUUAUUAAGCAGGUUCCAAAGUAUGCAAAAUUUCUAAAAGACUUGUGCACAAGUAAGAAAAGGUUGAAGGGAAAUGAGAGAGUAAAUUUGGGACGAAAUAUUUCAGCCCUUAUCCAGCCUAAACAUUCACCUGAAAAAGCUAAUGUUUCAUCCCUCAAUCAGGCCAUACCCCAAAAGUGCAAGGAUCCAAGAACUUUUGUUAUUCCAUGUGCCAUUGGGGAUAGUAAAUUCGACAAUUGCAUGCUUGACUUGGGAGCAGGCAUUAAUGUUAUGCCUACUUCUGUUUAUAAUAACCUUGAUCUUGGUCUUUUACAGCAUACAUGUUUAAUCAUUCAACUAGCGAAUAAAAGUAAUGCUCGCCCUAUUGGAGUAGUGGAAGAUGUGCUUGUUCAACCAGUUAGCCAAAACGCCAACCCUGAAAUAAUUUCAUCACUUGUUUGA